AUGGCAAAGCAGAGCCCCGGGGAGUCCCAGGCCCGCAAGAAGGGCAAGAGGAGGAAGAGGAAGAAGGGGAAGGCCGGGCAUGGCGGCGGGGAGGCGGCGCAGAAGGGCCCCAGCAUGGCGGCAGCUCCCCCCCGCAGCCCCGGGGAGUUCUCCUCCAACUGGAAGGCGCUGCAGGAGCUACUGAAACAAAAGACAAAUAGCUCCAACGAGUCUCUCUCUACCUGUCAAACACACACCAAAAAGAAGCAUCCACUCAAAGCAGGAAAUAGCCAAGAAGUCCCAGCUAUCAAUGGGAACAUGAAGGCCAAAUCCUCACAUAAAAUGGACAGUGCUUCUGCUAAGGAAAACCCUCCUUUGGCUAAACCAGAAUCCAAGAAGGUUGCAGUGGAGAAGAAUUUAAAUGGUACCAAGAGUGAGGGAAAAAGCUGCAAAGAGAAAAAUAAAAAUGGCCAUAUUGUGAAGGAGAAGGGGAAAAAGCAAAAUGGCAACACUGCAAAAGAGAAAGAAAAAAGGCAAAAUGACAACACUGUAAAGGAGAAAGAGGAUAUAAAACAUAAGAGGAGGAAAGCUGAAGAACCUGGGGAGCAGCCACCCAAAGAGGCUGAAAUCUGGUUUGAUGACGUUGAUCCAAAAGAUAUUGAAGCAGCAAUAGGACCUGAAGCAGCAAAAAUUGCUAGAAGAAACCUGGGACUUGAAACAGGCCAAACCAAACAGUCUGUGGAACAAGUGCUGGUUAAAGAAAAUGCUUUUGAAGGGCUGACACGAGCUGUAGCCAUGGACUGUGAGAUGGUGGGAGUGGGCCCCAAGGGUGAGGACAGCAUCGUGGCUCGUGUGUCCAUCGUCAACCAGUUUGGGAAGUGCAUUUAUGACAAGUAUGUGAAGCCCACAGAGGAGGUGACUGAUUACAGAACAGCUGUCAGUGGCAUACGCCCUCAGAACAUAAAAUCAGGUGAAGACUUUAAAAUGGUUCAGAAGGAGGUUGCCAACCUCUUGGAUGGAAGGAUUUUAGUUGGACAUGCCUUACGCAAUGACCUAAAGGUGCUGUUUCUUGAUCACCCCCAGAAGAUGAUACGUGACACACAGAGAUACAAACCUUUCAAACAAAGAGUCAAGAGCUCCAGGCCAUCACUGAAACUGCUCUGUGAGAAGCUGCUGAACGUUCGAGUGCAGACAUCGGAGCACUGCUCGGUUCAGGAUGCACAAGCAGCUAUGAGACUCUACACCUUAGAGAAAAAGAAAUGGGAAGCUGCUCUCAAGAACAAACCUAAGAACAAAAAACCUAAAACCUGAAUGCUUUUCA